UGAGUUGGUAUAUACAUUUGCAGAGAGAAGAACAACAGAGCCGUUGCGAUCUCCAAGCCCCGUCGUUGCCUGACACUCAAGAUGAAGACUUUGGCCAUCCUGCUUUUUGCCUCUCUGGCUGUUGCCUGUCUGUCUUCAGACUCCAUGGAUUCCAACGGUGACGACCGAGAUGAUGACCGUCAUGACCGCGAUGACCACCGCCGCAACUACAACGACCGCUACAACGACAACGGCCGCAACGGCGACCGCCGACACAACGGCCGUUACAACAACGACCGCCACGACAACGGCGACCGCUACAACGGCGACCGCUCCAACGGUGACCGCAACGGCGACCGCUACGACGACCGCUACAACGGCGACCGCUCCAACGGCGACCGCUCCGACAACGGCCGCUCCAACGGUGACCGCAACGGCGACCGCUACGACGACCGCUACAACGGCGACCGCUCCAACGGCGACCGCUCCGACAACGGUGACCGCUACAACAACAAUGGCGACCGCUACAACAAUCAGCGCCAUCCGGUGUUUGUGGAUAGGUCACAGGCCGCUGCAGUGGUGCCGCCCAGGAGAGCAACUGUCGAGCUGUCCUUGACCCAGGUGGAGAGCUUGAGAGAAGUCUGCGAGUCCAACGUGGCUUGCGACCACAUGAUGGACACCGAUGGAGUCGUCGCUGCUUACAACGCCUACUACGGACCCGUUCCUUUUUAGACGCCAAAUCACAACAGUCGACUCCUUGUCAUGGCAUAAAUGGCUUGAUGUUGCAUUUUAUUAUCACCUGCCUCUUUCAAGUUAACCCCCUUUUCUAUCUAAAUAACACGAGAAAACAAUUCCAAAAGUGUUUUGACCAAAAAAAUGUGAGAGCAGUGCUGGAGGAGUAGCACCGAUAUAUGAAUUUAAUUUUCAAUUCUGUACAGACCGGCCGGCCCAUUUGUCUCUAUGAUUCGAUCACCUCUUUCAGCCUGUAGAGUAGUGUGAUGAAUAAGUAAAAAUAAUGAAAAU